AUGAAAGAGCAGCAGCAGCCACCCUACCAGCCUCCUCGUGGGCGCCAGUGGCUCCACGCAUUACCACAAUGCCUUGAGGCAAUGGUGCCUCCCGUCGUUUGCAUCGGUGCAACCGACGAGCACUCCUUUGUGUCUGAUCCUCACGAAGCCGAUUGCGCCCAUCACCAUCGGAUUGGCAGUGUGACGUCCACCAUCCACAUGGCUGGGCGAGUGGAUGGAUAG